AUGCAGUCCUACUCUGUGUUCCAAGUUCUCCAGGUGCUGUCAGGUUACAAGAAAAUCCAGGGCAGCUCCAAGGAGGAAUUAUGGUAUGGAGUGGGAAAGUGCAGCCCGGGGAGGGCGCAGACAGAUGCUUGUCUUGAUGCUACCCUGCGAGUGUCUGACCCGACUCAGCAGACGCUGCCAGUUGUGACUGGGCUGAGCUGGAUGUCCAAGCUGCCGAAGUCCCUCUGCGCGGGGCAGACACGCCGGCCCGGUCCCCGGAGACUGCCCCCGGCUCGCAGGCGCCAGGUCGGCUCCUGCGGGGGGCGCUGUCGGCAAUCUCCGCGUGGCCUGGAGUUCCUGGGGCUGCCGGCGGCGGCGCGCGCCCCGCUAGCCCGAGCCCGGCGAGCCGGGGGCCGCAGCCUGGGCGCCCGCACGCUCCCCGCCUCCGGGCGCGUGUGGGCCGGGCGCGCCGGGACCCCCAUCGCGCCUCCGCCGCGGCGGCCCCCCGCCCCCCGCGGCCUGGCCUCGCGCCGGGUCCCCGCGGCGGAGUGGGGAGGAGGAGGGGAGAGACUGGAGGAGUUGGCGACAGACGCAGCCUCGGCGCGCACGGUUCCGGCUGCAGACAGACGGCGGCGGGCGGCGGCUACCUCCCCCGCACGGCCGCGGCACCGCUCCCUCGGCCCCCGCCCCCAGGCAGCGGACCCGGACCGGAGGGACGAGCCCGCGAACGCGGUGGGCCCGGCCCGCCCCGCGUGCCGCCGCGGCCGGCCGGGGAUCCCCUGCGAGCCGGGGAGGAGCCGCCGCCACCGCCGCCGCCGCCAGACAGCCUGCGAGUCCCUGGGAAAGUGCAAGGGGGCGGGGAGCGCGGGGGCGGCGCGGGUGUCAGGUCCUCGGCUCUUAAAGAGCCCGGCGCGCUGCGCUCCCGGCCAGCCCGCCCGCGCCCCCCGCCGCCGCAGUCCGCGCCCCGCGCCCCUCCCCGCGGCCGGCGGGGCCGGGUGGCCCGCGAGCCGCACUGCGGGCGCUCCCCGCCCCGCUCGGAGCGGCGGCCGCAGCUCCAGCUCCACGCUUGCGACCUCGGACCUCUCUGUCCCGUCGGGCGGAUUUCAAGCUCUGACAUCAGUCUUCCGGCCCUUUGAACGUACUGUGUGUGGAUGUAAAAUUAACCACAAAGCUGCAACGCUCCUGCCGAACUUCCCCGUAUCUGCAGGAAGGACCACGUGCCGCCUGGAGCAUCACGGCAGGUACCUGAGAAUCCGCGCUAUCCUUUCCAGAAGAGUUAGAGAUGUAGCUGCUGACAGAAGAUUGGUUUGCCUUUGGAGAAAGCUGGAAUGCGUGGUCCCCCUGAGAGGCAGAGUGACAGAGCAAGAGAGAGAGAAAGAGAACAUGUACUCCAUAGAAUACUAUACAGCAGUCAAAAACAAUGAAAUCCAGUCAUUUGCGACAAAAUGGAGGAAUCUGGAAAACAUUAUGCUAAGUGAAUUAAGCCAGUCCCAAAGGGACAAAUAUCAUAUGUUCUCCCUGAUCGGCGACAACUAACUGAGCACCAAAGGGGAAACCUGUUGAAGUGAGAUGGACACUAUGAGAAACAGUGACUUGAUCAGCCCUUGUCCUUACUGUUGAUGUACAAUGUAAUACUUUAUCCCUUUUUGUAUUUUUGUUGUUGUUGUUCUAGUUCUGUUGGUUGAACUCUGUAAUUAACACAUAAUUAUUCUUAGGUGUUUAAAUUUUAACUGAAAAGUGAUCCCUGUUAAAUAUAAGAGUGAGAAUAAGAGAGGGAGGAGAUGUACAAUUUGGGACAUGCUCAAUCGGACUUGCCCCAAAUGGUGGAGUUAGAAACGUGCCAGGGGAUUCCAAUACAAUCCCAUCAAGGUGGCAUGUACCAGUGCCAUCUCACUAGUCCAAGUGAUCAAUUUCAGUUCACAGUUGAUCACACUGAUAGGUCUAAGAGUCAAAGGGAUCACACAAACAAGACUAGUGUCUGCUAAUACUAACUGAUAGAAUCAAAAAGGGAGAGAACAAUCCAAUAUGGGAAGCGGGAUACACAGCAGACUCAUGGAAUGGCAGAUAUCCUAAAUAGCACUCUGGCCUCAGAAUCAGCCCUUAAGGCACUGGAUCUGGCUGAAGAGCCCAUGAGAGUAUUUUAGGCAUGGAAAGCCAAGACACUCUGGAAAAAAAAAAGAAGAAGACCUAAACGAAAGGUCUCUGUGAAUGAGAUCCCAGUGGAAAGAACAGGUCUUCAAAGAAGGAGGUACCUUUCUCUGAAGGGAGGAGAGAACCUCCACUUUGACUAUGACCUUGUCUGAAUAAAAUUGAAGUCAGCGAACUCAAAAGGCUUCCAUAGCCUUGGCAACUCAUGACUAGAGCCUAGGGAGAUUACUGACGCCAUAAACAAGAGUGUCAAUUUGUUAAGUCAACAACAGGAGUCACUGUAUACUUACUUCUCAUGUGGGAUCUGUCUUUAAUGUGUUGUCCAAUGUGAAGUAAUGCUAUAACUAGUACUGAAACAGUAUUUUACACUUUAUGUUCUGUGUGGGUGCAAACUGAUGAAAUCUUUACUUAAUAUAUACUAAAUCGAUCUUCUGUAUAUAAAGAGAAUUGAAAAUGAAUCUUGAUGUGAAUGGAAUGGGAGAGGGAGCAGGAGAUGGGAAGGGUGCGAGUGGGAGGGAAGUUAUGGGGGGAAAGCCAUUGUAAUCCAUAAACUGUACUUUGGAAAUUUAUAUUUACUAAAUAAAAGUUAAAAGAGAGAGAGAGUGAGAGAGAUCUUCCAUCUGAUGGUUCACUCCGCAAAUGGCCACCUUGGCUGGGGCUGGGCCAGGCUGAAGCCUAGAGCCAGGAACUCCAUCUGGGACUCCCAGAUGGGUGGCAGGGGUCCAUAUAUUUGGGCCAUCCACUGUUUCCCCAGGAGCAUUAGCAGGAAGCUGGAUCAGAAGCAGAGCAGCCAGGACUUGAACCGGCACCCAUGUGGAUCACCAGCGUCACAAGCAGCAGCUGAACUCGCUGCUCCAGGACUCCGGCCCUUUACCCACUGACUGGAAAAGUCACCUUUAUCAUACAUUCAGUUCCCCAUUUGCAUUUGGAUUUUGUUUUGGAUUCUUUAGUCUAAUUUGUGGGUUUAUUCUUUUAAUCAUUAUUUUUAAUUAGUGUACAGUUAGUAAGCUCUUAUACAUGUAUCAAUAUCUGAGAUGACUUUCCACUUACCUUUAAUUUCCUUGGUUAUACUUUUUUUUGUUACUCUUUCCAUUUUCGUUUUAGAAUAAAACUUGUCUGGGUUUUCUCCUUUUUAAAUAUUUAUUUAUUUAUUUAAAAGGCAGAGCUACAGAGAGGACGAGGGAAAAAGAGAGAGAGAGAGAAGGGAUCUUCCAUCUGCUCGUUUACUCCCCAAAUGGCUGCAAAGGCGGGAAUUGGGCUGAUCUGAAGCCAGGAGCCAGGAACUUCUUCCAAGUCUCCCAUGCAGAUGCAGAGGGCCAAGCACUUUGGCCAUUUCUGCUACUUUCCCCAGCCAUUAGCAGGGAGCUGGAUCAGAAGUGAAGCAGCUGGGAUAAGGAUUGGCACCCAAAUGGGAUGCCACCGUUGCCACCAUCGUAGACAGUGACUUUACCUACUAUGCUGCAGUGGCCGCCCCAAGGUUGUCUAGCUUUAAAAGUGUAUUUUUAUUGGAAUCAUGAUACAUGAAUCCAUUUCAUUUAUAGUGUUGAGUCUUCCUGUCUUAGAUUAUGGUUUAUCUUUCCACUUGUUAAGAUUGUCUUUUGUGUUCACCAUUUGUGUUUUAAAGUUUUUUGAAGAAAAUUUUGCAAAUCUUGCUGGUGUUUAUUCCUGGAAGCUUAAUCUUUUUUAUUGCUACUGUAACUAGGACCUUAGUGUUUGUAGCAUGCAAUUGAGUUAUUUGCAAAUAGCCAUCAUUUUACCUAUUGUUUAUAUAUAUACCUAUUGUUUAUAUAUAUAUAUACAUAUAUAUAUAUAUAUAUAUAUCUCCAAUUUCUUACUUGGACCGUUAUCUGAUCAAUCAUCUGGUUUCUCCAGCACAGUGUGAUGGGGCUACACACGUCUUGUUAGUGUUUCAUUUGGUGUUUCUUUUUUUAAAAUUUUUAUUUAUUUGACAGGUAGUUAGACAGUGAGAGAGAAAGAGACAGAGAGAAAGGGCUUCCUUCCAUUGGUUCACUCCCCAAAUGGCCACUAUGGCCGGAGUUACGCCGAUCCGAAGCCAGGAGCUAGGUGCUUCCUCCUGGUCUCCCAUGCGGUUGCAGGCACCCCAGCACCUGGGCCAUCCUCCACUGCCUUCCUGGGCCACAGCAGAGAGCUGGACCAGAAAAGGAGCAACCGGGACUAGAACUCGCGCCCAUAUGGGAUGCUGGCGCCGCAGGCGGAGGAUUAACCAAGUGAGCCACAGUGCUGGCCCUCAUUUGGUGUUUCUUUUCUUUUCUUUCUUUUUUUUGACAGGUAGAGUGGACAGUGAGAGAGAGAGACAGAGAGAAAGGUCUUCCUUUGCCAUUGGUUCACCCUCCAAUGGCCGCCGCAGCUGGCGUGCUGCGGCAGGCGUACCGCGCUGAUCCGAUGGCAGGAGCCAGGUGCUUCUCCUGGUCUCCCAUGGGGUGCAGGGCCCAAGGACUUGGGCCAUACUCCACUGCCUUCCUUGGCUACAGCAGAGAGCUGGCCUGGAAGAGGGGCAACCGGGACAGAAUCCGGCUCCCCGACUGGGACUAGAACCCGGUGUGCCAACGCCUCAAGGCGGAGGAUUAGCCUAGUGAGCUGCGGCGCCGGCCCAUUUGGUGUUUCUUAAUUAAGCAUGGUUUAUAUAAUUUAUUAUAGUACUGUGCUUCUGAUACUGAACUGUUUGCAUUUCCUAAAUAAAGUUCUCUUGAUCAUUUUAUACACGUAGUUAACUUUGGAUUUUGCUUGUGGUGCUUUAUGAUUUUUGUGUUGAAAGUAAAAAUUAAUAGUAUACCUUUUGGGGCCGGUAUCUCAUAUGGGCGCCGGUUCUAGUCCCAGCUGCACCUCUUCUGAUCCAGCUGUCUGCUAUGGCCUGGGAAAGCAGUAGAAGAUGGCCCAAGUCCUUGGGCCCCUGCACCCGUGUGGGAGACCUGGAGGAGGCUCCUGGCUCCUGGCUUCGGAUCGGCGCAGUUCUGGCCGUUGCAUCCAUCUGGGGAGUGAACCAGUGGAUGGAAGAUCUCUCUCUCUGUCUCUACCUCUCUCUGUAACUCUGUCUUUCAAAUAAAUAGAAUAAAUCUUCCCAAAAAAAAGCACACCUUUUCUUUGCUCUGUCAGUCUCACAUUUGUUUCAUAUACAAAAUUAGAAGUUUCUCUUUUUCUUUCUCCUGCAGAAGUAGAAAUGGCCUCAGCAUAAUUGCUAGUAGUUGACCACUGCAGCAAAACUCACUUGGCACUCCUGGAAGGCAUUAACUCUUUGAUAAUAUUUAUUAUUUUAUCUGUGAGAAUUAGUUCUUUCUGUUUUGGAAAAUUCAAUUUUUACUAGAAAUUUUUAAGUCCAUCCAGAGUUUAAAAAUUUAAUUGUAGUGUGUUGAAAUUGUAAAAAAAUCAACUUUUUUGGGAGCAAUUUGAAAUUCAGAGGAAAAUUAAGCAGAAGCUACAGACUUUUCCACAUACUUCCCUGCCCUCACAUACCACUGCUUUCCCGGUUCUCAGUAUGGUGCGCCAAUCGACAUUUAUUUUACAUUCUGUUAGCCUAUCCAGAAACAUCACCCAAGGCACGUAGUUUACUUUGGGUUUCGCUCUUAUUGAUGGGCGUUCUGUGGUCUUCAGCAAACGUGAGAUGGCAGGCAUCCGCCCUUGCAGCGUCAUAGAUAAGUUAGUUCAUGCUCCUAAAAUUCCUUUCUGUUCCAUUCAUCCAUUCCUCUCUCCACUCAACACCUGGCAACAGUUAAUUUUUUAAAAAAAUAUUUGUUUAUUUGCUGGAAGGCAGAUUGACAGAGAGAGGGAGAGAGAGUUCUUCCAUCUGACAGUUCACUCUCCAAAUGGCUACAGUAGCCAGGGCUAGGCCAGGCUGAAGCCAAGAGCCUGGAACUCCAUCUGGGUCUCCCAUGUGGGUGGCAAGGGCCCAAGCACCUGGGCUAUUUUCCGCUGCUUUCUCAGGUGCAUUAGCAGGGAGCUGGAUCAGAAGUGGAGAAGGCAGGAUUGAGACUAUGCUCAUAUCAAUAUGGGAUGCCAGUGUCGCAAGCAGUGGCUUAAUCCACUGCACCACAAUGCCAGCCCCUUCUUCUGGGUUUUCUGAAGACAGUCUUGUAUCUGUGAACACAGUUCUGUUUCCUUCCAAGUCAACAUACUUUUUUUUUUUUUUUUUUUUUUUUUUUUGACAGGCAGAGUGGACAGUGAGAGAGAGAGACAGAGAGAAAGGUCUUCCUUUGCCAUUGGUUCACCCUCCAAUGGCCACCGCGGCCGGCGCGCUGCGGCCGGCGCACCGCGCUGAUCCGAAGCUAGGAGCCAGGUGCUUCUCCUGGUUUCCUUUUAUUUUCUUAUGGCAUUAGCUGGGACGUACAAUGUGAAGAUAAAGUAGUGGUAAGAAGGGCAUCCUUGCCUUGUUCUCACCAGGAGAGACUAGUUUCUCACAUCGAGUAUCGUUUUAGCUGUAGGUCUUUGGUAGAUUUUUUUUUUAAAUCAAGUUGAAUAAGUUCCCCUCUAAUCCUAGGGUCCUGAGAGUGGAUUGAAAUUUAGGUUCAUGGUUUCCUCUGAAAUUUUUUUGAUUUGUGAAUUUAUCUCAUUUGUGUGACUAAUAUGACAGUUCUGUUUGGUAUAAAUUCUGUCUUUUUUUGGGGGGGUAUAGUUUUCUUUAAGUCUUCUUCAUUAUUUAUCUUAUUUAUGUUCUAGUGUUUUGUCUGGGGGGCUAUUUUAAAUUUAUGUUUUAUUUUUGAUAUUUGCAAAUGUUUGUGUUUUUUCUAUAGGAACCUGGUUGACCACACCUUUAUGAAUUCCUUAAUGACCACACCUUUACUCCCCGGCUUGGUGGAGGCAGGCUCCUGCCCAAAGUCAGGCUCCUGCCCAGAGUCAGGCUGCUCAGCACCUGUCAUCUUUGUCCCCAUUCCCAGUCUACCCUCCCCUACUUGGUUUUAGUCUCCUUAUAGGCUCUCGUUAGGAUUUAUCUUUGCACUGUUAGCCGUGUAUGUAUGUACUGCUCGUGUCUUCACACUUGAAGGAUAUCUUUUUUGAUUUCCAGCUAUGGGGGAGAAACAGCAUUACCCUAUCCCUUCCCUAUUGCACCAGUGUUUGCUGGCUGCAGUGUCACACCUUCUAGAUUUGGUUUAUCACUUUAAUUUUUGCAUGUGCUCUCCGUCUUAGUUCUACAGCUAAAUGAAUGCAUUCACCAGUUUGUUUUGCUUUUGUUUCCCUGAUUGUGGGAAUUCAUUGGGACAGCCAUCCCUGAAGGCCCAAAUAUUUGAUUGUUAGUCGCUGGUCUUUCUACUUGAAAGAAUGCCUGGCUGGGUAAGCAGUCUUUGGCUCAUAUUUUAUUUGCUGAAAUAUUUUAAGUGUCUUAAAGAAAUGCUGUGCUGAGUUAGGGCAUGGGAAGUUACUGUGAAGAAAUAGGAGUCCAGCUUUAUGUAUUCUGCUCUUACAGAUGACUUGAUUUCUUCUGCUGUUUGCCUAGCUAUCCCGAGGAGUUGUCUUUUGUUUUUAAUGCCAGAUUCAGGAAGUCUGCUUGUGCUAGAUUUAUCUGUGUGGCUAUUCAGAGGCAAUUUCCCUUGUCAUAAGGGUGCCCUCAGCUUUUCUUUCAAUAUAUACAUUUAAAUCUGUUGGCAUUUUGGACAUUUUUUACUUUAGAAAAAAAGAUUUUAUUUAUUUAUUUGAGAGGUAGAGUUACAAUGAGAGGGAGAGACAGAAAGGUCCUCCAUCUGCUGGUUCUCUCUCCAGAUGGCCUCAACGGCCAGAGCUGAGAUCCGAAGCCAAGAGCCAGGAGCUUCUUCUGGGUCUCCCAUGUGGGAUUAGGGGCUUGAGCCAUCUCCUGCUGGUUUCUCAGGCCACAGCAGAGAGCUGGGUCAGAAGGCAGCUGGGACUAGAACCGGCACGCCUGUGCCGCAGGUGGAAGAUUAACCCAGUUCACCGGCUCCUGGACAUUUUUUCUUGAACAGUAUCUCUAAAUAUUUGUUUCAUUUCAUUGCUUUUAUUUUUGGGGAAUUCCAACUGUACAUGUGUUGGCCAUCAUCUGCUAUUCUUCAGAAGCUAUGAUUUUUUUUUCUCCCCAAUCAUUUUUUUUUUUUUUUUGACAGGCAGAGUGGACAGUGAGAGAGAGAGAUAGAGAGAAAGGUCUUCCUUUGCCGUUGGUUCACCCUCCAAUGGCCGCCGCGGCCAGCGCGCUGCGGCCGGCGCACCGCGCUGAUCCGAUGGCAGGAGCCAGGAGCCAGGUGCUUUUCCUGGUCUCCCAUGGGGUGCAGGGCCCAAGCACCUGGGCCAUCCUCCACUGCACUCCCUGGCCACAGCAGAGAGCUGGCCUGGAAGAGGGGCAACCGGGACAGAAUCCGGCGCCCCAACCUGGACUAGAACCCGGUGUGCCGGCGCCGCUAGGCGGAGGAUUAGCCUAGUGAGCCAUGGCGCCGGCCCUCCCCAAUCAUUUCUAUCACUUUCUUUAGUUCAGUUUCAUUUUCUUGGCUUUUCUAAACCAUACCUCCACUCACCUUUGUUUUCUAUGCUGUCUAUUCUAUUUCUGGCUCAUUUCAACUUCAUCUUCAAUUCUAACUCUUUUCCUCUAAAAUUUCUUUCUUUUUUUUAAAUUUUUUUUUUUUGAGAUUUAUUUAUUUAUUUGAAAGGCAGAGUUACACAGAAAGAGGAGAGGCAGAGAGACGAGAGAGAAAGAGAGGUCUUCCAUCCAUUGGUUCACUCUCCACUUGGCCACAAUGGUGGGAGCUGCACCGAUCCAAAACCGGGAGCCAGGAGCUUCUUCUGGGUCUCCCAAGCAGGUGCAGGGGCCCAAGGACUUGGGCCAUCCUCUACUGCUUUCCCAGGCCAUAGCAGACAGCUGGAUCGGAAGAGGAGCAUCUGGGACUAGAACCGGUGCCCAUAUAGGAUGCUGGUGCUUCAGGCCAGGACAUUAAUGUGCUGCGCCACAGCGCUGGCCUCUCCUCUAAAAUUUCUUUUCCGAUUUCUUCCAGCCUAUAUUGUCCCUUCUUCCUUGAGUUCUUCUGUCUGUGCCUUGUGGUUAUGUCUCUCUGUCUCUCUUUCCUUAGCGAUGACUGCCUCCUCAGGUUUUAAACGUUUAUGGCAAAACAUUUGGUCAUAAUUGUCAUCUGCUCAGUUGCACUCUAGGGAGUUUCUUUGUGGGCUCAUCUUAUGAACCACAUGUUUUUUCAUAGAGGCGGUUUUCAUGGCUUUUUUUUUCUUUUGUUACUCAGCAUUGCAUGAGUUGGGUUUUCCAGAACCAGCUUUUCCGAGAGGUGUUGUAGUGCUGAGAAGCUCCCAAGCGCUGCAGCUGGAGCCUCCCUGUGUCUCUGGCCCAUCAGAGAUACGGCUGUCCUGCAGCUGUGCUUCUUCCGUGAAGUUCUCUGAGCCUCUGACACUGUGCAGCUCCUUGAGGGCUCUACUUGCUCCAGCUCCUCAGUCCCUGCUGCACUGCGCCCUUGACCUUCCACACCCGCAUGUCACCUGCAGGUUCCCUCUGUGCAGUCUCGGUGGUUUCUCCAGUUCUUACAGGUGUUUUGAAUUGUUAAUAUUACAUCUCUCUCUCAGUUCCAUGGAAAGUGGACUUUGAAAAUUCCAUGGAAUAGUUUUGUUGGCUUUUUACUUCUGUUUAACAGCCAGCGGGGACGGACACACUUCUGAGUCCAUUUUUACAUGGAAGGAGAGUAGCUUCACCAAGCUUCUUGCCAGGCGGAGCCUGCCUCCCUCCCUCCCUCCUUGCCUUAUCUCUCGCCUCCCUGCUUUCCUUCCCUCCUGUGGGCAGACAGAGCUCUUUCUUGUCACCUGCUUGCUUUCUACUUCCUGAAUGCAGUUUGUGUUUCAAAUCAUCCACCGUUUUCCUUCCUACUCUGCCUUGGUUUUUCCUUUUCAGAAUGACACCUGCUGAUAUAUGAUAUGGUAAGAUAUAUGAUAUAUAAUAUAAUAUAAUAUAAUAUAAUAUAAUAUAAUAUAAGUGUUCUCACAAGGGGUCCUGUGGCCAGGCUCUUUGUGGAGGUAAGAGGGUGAAAUGGAAUUGCAUCUCUCACCACGUCUGGCUUCACAGGUUUGUCGUGGUUGAGCUUCCAAGUGCAGAGAGCUCUAAAAGGAGCACCUGCUGGUGUUGACCAGGACAGAGAACCUGGAGCCCCUCUCGAAUGCCACGUUGACGGAUUUGUUUGUGAGCGGUCCUAAGAGAGCAAAGAGCACACAUAUGUUUAUUCUGUAGAGAUAAGGCUCUGAUGACAAUAAAACUGAACCGUGGUCUCCAGCUUGGCAUUGCUGUCACGGGGACUGUUCUUCUGUAUGAGAAAAAAUAGGCUUAGUGGACACCACCUAAGGACUUGGCAGGGUCGCGUUUCAUUGUUUGAACGUGUGAGUCUGUACCCAGAUCCUGACCUGUGUCUGCUUUUUUGGUUUUAGCUGGGUGGAUUUGUGGGGAACUCGGGUGGAGAGUCGAGAGAAAAGAUGGUAGUGUUUUAAAAGGACUUCACUUUGCUUCCUCUGAAGAGGAUAGUGUUGAGUCUAGGAGCUGUUGUUUUCCUGUUAGGCAGUAGGGGAGGGAAAAGACAUGUUUGUUUUAAAAUUCAUAAAAUGAAUUUUUGUUUAUGCUUAGUUUAUGAUUUCAGAAAUGUGAAAUUUGAUCAAAGGCGGCGUAUUUUGGUUGGGGAGAGGGAGGCAUUUGCUGGUUUUAGUUCUCACACUUUCGGGACCACUCUCCUUUGCAGUGUGAGAAUGGCAUUCACUGAGUCAAAUACUGGCUUCUCAACAGAUAGUGCAUUGAUUGUAUGCUGAAUGCAUCAUCUCUUUAACUCUGCCUUACUUCUGUGUAUCUUUCUCAAGGUUGGUAUCUUUUUCCUGUAUAAAGGUAAAAAGUUAGUAUAAAAUAUAAAUAAAUCUCGGACGGGCACCCUGGUGUAGUGAGUAAAGCCACUGCCUGCAGUGCCAGCAUCCCAUAUGGGCGCCGGUUCGAGACCCAGCUGCUCCACUUCCAAUGCAGCUGUCUGCUAUGGCCUGGGAAAGCAGUAGAAGAUGGCCCAAAUCCUUGGGCCCCUGCACCAUGUGGGAGACUUGGAAGAAGCUCCUGGUUCCUGGCUCCUGGCUUUGGAUCGGCGCAGGGGAGUGAACCAGUGGAUGGAAGACCUCUCUCCCCCCUCUCCUUCUCCUCUCUCUCUGUGUAACUCUGACUUUUAAAGAAAUAAAAAAAUCUUAAAAAAAAAAAAAACCCUUAUCAGAUGGGUAUGUUUUGUAGACAUUUCUACCAUUCUGUAGGCUACCUUUAAACUUUCUUUCUUGGUAGCAUCUUUUGUUGCUCAAAAGGUUUUAACUUUGAUGAAGUUCAGGUUGUUCCUCUCUUUUUUUCCCCCGUCUGUGCUUUUGGUGUCAUAUCCAAAGAACCAUGGCUUAUCCAGUGUCAUGAAGCUUCCUCUCCAUGUUUUCUCUAAGAGUUUUAGCUUUUAAGUUUAGAUCUUUGAUCCAUUUUGUCUUAAUUGUUGUGUGUAGUGUGAAUGUUCAACUUCAUCCUCUUGCAUGUGCAUAUUCGGUUUUUCCAACCCACUUGCUGAAGGGAUGGUGUCUUCUUCAUCGAAUGGUCUUGGAACUGUUGGCCAACACUUGACUCAAGUGUUUGACACAGUGGUUUACGAAACUUUUGGGGACUCCCACAUCUUGCAUCAGGGUCCCUAGGAUCGAGCCCUGCCUCCGCUUCCUAGCCAUUUUCCUUCUUAUACUCACUCUGAGAAGCAGAAGAUGAGGGUUCAAGUGCUUGGGUUCUUGCCAUGCUUGUUCAAGGCCUAGACUCUUCCAGACUCCUGGCUUCAGCCUGGUCCAGCAGGAAUGAACCAGCAGAUGAAAAAUUGCCUGUCUAUCUGCCUCUCUCUGCCUUCAAAAUAAAUAAGAAAUUAAAAUAUAUUUAGGCCGGCGCCGCGGCUCACUAGGCUAAUCCUCCGCCUAGUGGCGCCGGCACACCGGGUUCUAGUCCCGGUCGGGGCGCCGGAUUCUGUCCCGGUUGCCCCUCUUCCAGGCCAGCCCUCUGCUGUGGCCAGGGAGUGCAGUGGAGGAUGGCCCAGGUGCUUGGGCCCUGCACCCCAUGGGAGACCAGGAAAAGCACCUGGCUCCUGGCUCCUGCCAUCGGAUCAGUGCGGUGCGCCGGUCGCAGCGCGCCGGCCGCGGCGGCCAUUGGAGGGUGAACCAACGGCAAAGGAAGACCUUUCUCUCUGUCUCUCUCUCUCACUGUCCACUCUGCCUGUCAAAAAAAAUAUAUAUAUAUAUAUAUUUACAAAACUCAUUUGGCCAUAAAUGUGAGGUUUCAUUUCUGGGAUCUCCUGUUCUUUUCUUACUAUCCUGUAUUUGUCUUUAUGCCAGUAUCACACUGUUUUAAUUAUUGUAGCUUUAUAAUAAGCUUUAAAAUUACAAAGUGUGAGUUCUACAAUUUUGUUCCUCUUUUUCAAGAUUGUUUUGGAUCUUCAGGGUUCCUUACUGUUUUAAAUGAAUUUUAGAAUGGAUUUUUUUCUAGUUUGCAAAAAGAAAAAAGUUGGGAUUUUGAUGAGGAUUACACUUAUCUGUGUCCCACUUUCUAAUUUUAGUAAUUUGAAUCUUCUUUUUUUUUCUUUUCUUAGUGUAGCUAAAGGUUUUUUAAAAAUGUAUAGGAGCAGCUCUCAGUUUGAUUGAUUUUCUCUAUUAUUUUUCUAUCCCCUGCUUUAUUUAGCACUAUUCUAAUUUUUACUAUUUUCUUUCUUCCCCUAGCUUUAAGUUUAAUUUUUCCCUUUUCUGGUCCUUAAGGUGUUAGGUUAGGUUUUUUCUUUUCUUACUUUUUUUGUUUUUUGAGAUCUUUCUUCUUUUUAAUGUGCAUUUAUAGCUAUGAAUAUCUGUCCUAGCACUGCUUUUGCUGCAUUUGUGUUGGUUUGUGUUUUCCUUUUCAUGUGUCUCAAGAUAUUUUCUGAUUCCCUGUGAUUUUUUUUUUGACCCAUUGGUAGUUUAAGAUUGUGUUGUUUAGUUUCUGUAAGUGGAUUUUCCAGUUUCCCUUCUGGUAUUGAUUUCUAGUUUCAUUACAUUGUGAUUUGAAAUAUUGCUUUAUAUUAUUUCAGUCUUUUAAAAUUUAUUAAGAUGUAUUUUGUGGCCUAACAAAUGGUCUGUCCUGUGUGGUGGGGGAAUUGUGUGUUCUGCUGUUUUCUGGAGAGCUGUAUAUAUGUAUGUUAGGGUGCAGUUGGUCCUCAGUAGUUCAAGUCCCCUGUUUCCUUACUGGUCUUCUUUAUAGUUAGAAUCCAUAAUUGAAAAAGGGGUACUGAAGUCUCCUGCUGUCAUUGUAGAGUUGUCUGUUUCUCUCUUUUCAAUUCUAUCCCUAUAGCGUCAUAUGUUUUUGAUCCCUCAUAUUUGCUUUAAUGUAUUCAUACUUGUUAUAGCAGAUUGUAUUGACCCUUUCAUCAACAUAUAAUAUCCUUCUUUGUUCCUUGCAGUAGUUUUUGACUUAAUACCUAUUUUGUCUGAUGUUAAUAUAGCCACCCUUGCUCUCUUUUCAUUACUUUUUGAAAUAUCUUUUUCUACCCUUCCACUUGUCCUUAGAUCCAAAGUUAGUUACUUAUAGAUGUAAUAUAAUUGGAUUUUUUUAAAUUCCAUCAUGCCAAUCUAUAACUUUUGAUAAGGGAGCUUAAUCCAUUUACAUUUAAUGUAAUUAAUGAUAGAGGAGAACAUAUUUUUGUCAUCAUCCUAGUUUUUUUCUGUUUGUCUGAAAACUAUUUUGUCUUUUGUAUUCUUCAUAUUUCCUUUCAAAGUUGAUUUUUUUGUGGUGACAUACUUUGAUUUUUCUCUCAUUUACUUUUGUAUAUAUUCUAGAGGUUUUUUUUUGUGUGGUUACCCUGGGUAUUUUUUAUAAUCUUUUAAAAGUCAUAACCGUUAGCAGUUUAACAAUAAUCACCUAAGAACUCUACUUCUUUAUGGCUCUAUCCCCUGGUUUAUGUUAUUGUUGUCAGAUUACAUGUUUGUGAGCUGUGUAUCUGUUAACAUGCACUUAUAAUUAUUGUAUGCAUUUGUCAUUUAAAUCUUUCGGAAGAAUGAGAAGUGGGGCUCAGAUCAAGGUUACAAUAAUACUGGUUUUUAGAUUUGUCCAUGGAGUUACCUGUACUGGAGAACUUUUUUUUUUAAGACUUUAUUUAUUUAUUUAUUUAUUUUUGACAGGCAGAGUUAGUCAGUGAGAGAGACAGAGAGAAAGGUCCUCUUUCCGUUGGUUCACCCCUCAAAUGGCACUAUGGCCGGUGCUGCGCUGAUCCGAAGCCAGGAGCCAGGUGCUUUCUCCUGGUCUCCCUCGCGGGUGCAGGGCCCAAGCACUUGGGCCAUCCUCUACUGCCUUCCCGGGUCAUAGCAGAGUCUGGCGCCCCAACCGGGACUAGAACCCAGGGUGCUGGCGCCGUAGGCGGAGGACUAGCCUAGUGAGCCGUGGCGCUGGAUGGGGAACUUUGUUUUAAUAUGGCUUCAAGAGAUUCUCUAGUGUCCUUUAAUUUCAACUUGAAAUAUGCCUUUUUAACUUUUUUUUUUUUUUUUUUUUGGUUGGACAGUUCUAGUAGUAAUGAGCUCUCUCAGCUGUUGGUUGCCUGAGAAUAUCUUAAUCUGUCCCUCAUCUCUAAUGGUAGUUUUGACGGAUAGAGGAUUCUUGGCUGCCAGUUUCUGGUGGUGGUUCCAUUGCUCCUGGCCUGCCAGGUUUCAGCUGCACAGUCUGCUGAUACACCACUGAGGACAGCGCCAUGCGUCAGGUCCCUUCUCUUGCUGCUUUCAGUACUCUCUUUCAACAGAUGUCUUCCGAUGUGUGUUCGGAUGGGUGUCUUUGCAUUUUAACCUGUUGUGGAGUUUGUUGAACUUCUUGAAUAUGUAGAUUUGCAUGUUCCUUCAAAUGUGGGAAACUGUACACUAUUAUUUCUUCAAAUAAUAUCAUUUCCUUUCUUCUCGGUUUGCGUCUCCCAUAAUAUUUAUGUUGGUUCACACACAUCUCAGGAUCUGCUCACUUUUCGUCAUUCUUUUUUCCUUUUUGCUUCUCAGACUCAGAAGUUUUAGUUCACCUGUCUUCAGAUUCUCUGAUUCUCUCUUCUACCUGCUAAUGCACUCGUGUAUUUUUCAGUUCAGUUGCUAUGUGUUUUUUCAGCAGUAGAGUUGGUUUGGUUUUAUGUUACAGUUUUUGUUUGUUUGUCUUCUCAUCUCAUCACUUUUUUGAUUGGUUCUUUUUUCAUGUUUGUUUUUUGAGCUCUUAGAGCACAUUUGAGACCCAUAUGGUAGAGUCUUUGCUAGUGCAUCCAGUGCCCAUUUUUCUUCAGGGACGGUUUCUCCUGCUGUGUUUCCUUUUUUUGAAUAGGCGACUUCUUCCUUUGCUGUUGUUUGACUGCCUUAUGUAUGUGUGUUUAUGUGCUGCUGUUGUUGAACAUUAGGCAUUUGAAAAAGAUAGCUGCUUUCUCUUUUCCUUUUAGAGUGGCUCUAUGUCAGGGAAAACCUACACUGAUCGCUUAAGCUUUGGACUUAAGCCCUUUAAGCCUUGGGAGGGCUUAAGGUGUUGCUAGUCCUUUUCUGAGCCUGUGUCUUUGUGUCUUGCCUCAGCCUGUUUAUGUACUUUUUGAUUCCCUCACAUCCAUGGUGGCUUUUUUUUUUUUUCACUUGAGAGGCACAAUUACAGAGAGCGGGUGAGACAGAGAAAGGGGUCUUCCAUCCAUUGGUUCACUCCCCAAAUCGCUGCAAUGGCCAGAGCUAAGCUCAUCCAAAUCCAGGUACGAAGAGCUUCUUCCAGGUCUCCUACAUGGGUACAGGGGCUCAAGCACUUGGGCCAUCCUCCAUUGCCUUUUCUGGCCAUCAGCAGGGAGCUGGAUCUGAAGUGGUACAGCCAGGACUCAAACUGGCGACCAUAUGGGAUGCUUGCCUACCACGCCACAGGACUGGCCCCAACAUGGUGGCUUUUACUUAGUUUCUUUUCUUCUCUUUUUUUAUUUGAAAGUCAGAGUUACACAGAGGAGAGGCAGAGAGAGAGAGGUCGCAACGGCAGGAGCUGCGUCGAUCCAAAGCCAGGAGCAGGGAGCUUCUUGCAGGUCUCCCACGCGGAUGCAGGGGCCCAAAGACUUGGACCAUCUUCUACUGCUUUCCCAGGCCAUAGCAGAGAGCUGGAUUGGAAGUAGAGCAGCCGGUCUUGAAUCGGCACGCAUAUGGGAUGCUGGCGCUUCAGGCCAGGCUGUUAACCCACUGUGCCACAGCGCUGGCCCUGGCUUUUACUUAGUUUCCCUUAGUUUUUCCCUUGGCUCCCCAGCCUUAGGUAUUCCCUUGUGUCCCUCUGGUUACAGUCUCUUGCCCUGGAGGGGGCGUCUGUGGGUCUCACUGUGCCUUUCAGUACUGCUUCCUGCUUCCUGAGUCUGAGCUCUGUCUUGGCAGACAAAGGGACCAACCUCAAAGCAGCUGGUGGACAGGUGAAACUGUUACCAAAGAGAUCAGCUCUACUCCCUCCUGAGAGAGGAACCUGGGAGCUGGACCAAGGUCUCGCCAGGCUGGGACGAGAACGGGAGUAGAACACCAGGAAGUUGUGUGUGAUUUGAAUGCGGCCACUUGAUUUGGCAUUUUUGCUUCUCUGCUGUAGAACUUUGUUUUCCAGAUGUCUUAUAAAGUUAAUGUGACCAGUCCCUAGUUGUUUUUCAGUUUCUCUGGGUUAAUGAGGGCCUGGAGCCUCAUGGUCUGCUGUCUUGCUGACAUCACUCCCUACAAAAAAUGCUCUUUUUGUCCCUAGUUAAUAUAACUGUGAUGUAACUCAGAGAAUUAAAAAUGUUUGCAGUUUAAUGUCUUCAACUACUUUGAAAAAUGCAAUAAGAACUUGUCUUUUUUUUAAUGCUGAAAAACCUCAAAUUGAAUUUGUUCUGAUUCAGUGGCAGCGCGACGUUUUAUUCAUGAACAAGAAAUCCACUCUUAGAAGCGCUGUGAUCUUGGGGUGAACAUCAAGGAGUGCAUUCCUUCCUUGCUGUUGGGUGCACACUCUUGAAUUUUGACACAGACGCCUGUGAUUCAGGAAGCACAACAUUUGUCCCGCAGAGGGAAAGAUGUUGGGGACUAGAGGCAGUCUGAGUGAACACAGAGCUCCUUAAGUUGGCAUGAGAUCGAGCUGGGCCUGAGAAGACACACACCUGCCUUGCUGGAGUUAGGGAUGGAUGAUGACCGCCUGAGCCUCCUGGUUCUGAGUUUUGGAGGUGAUCCAGCUGGUGUGCAGCGCUCAGAACCCAUUCGUAGAGCUAAAGUAAACUUUCUCUUAAGUGCGUUCCAAAGUGGCUUUAAAGAGAUUUGCCAUCCGUCUCCUCGGUGUGCAUUGUGGCCAGCAUUGGAGGCAGAGGCAUGUGUAGGCAGGUGAAGAUGGAUGAGCUGUGCACUUUCACUGGUUAAGGUAGACCUUGUGCCCUGAGGCCAUCUCAGUGUCCCUAAUGUCCACCUUCAAGGAGGCCCUUCUCUAGAACCUUCUGUCAACACACAGAGGCUUCCAGUUUGAUACAUGUAGACGUCUGGGAGGGAGGUGAGUGGGAAGAGGUGCUAGCUCCUGUCCUAGUUCCAUGUCUGUUUGACACGUUGACAAACACAAUGGACAGACAGAUUGAAAUUGUCACCCUGUGGCGAAGAGCACCAGGCACAAAGUCACCGAGGACCCUUCUGAUGAUUGGAAUGCUCCUGCAUGUCAGUGUUCAUGGUCGGAUUGUCCUUACUGGUGCUUUGAAACUUUGAGACCCUGACAGCGCUCAAAACCUAGGAAGAACUGAAGAGCUGAUGCAUGUGGGGAUUUGGACAGAUGCCCACUUUGUCUUUGUUUCUGGACAAUGUGGUUGAUUCCUGACUACAAGUCCUAGCAGUUAACUAGCAAGAGGAGACUAGGAUCCUUUGCUAUUUGUCCUUUGUAAGGUAUAGCUGUUAUAAGCCACCUUUAGAAUCUUUCUUAGGAGGGAGUCAGUGGCUGAUCCACAUAAAGAAAAAUAAUAUCUGGGGAUGUGCUGAUGGCAUUUGGUGUUCCUCGAAUGGCAAAUGCCUGGUAAUGGUGACUCUUUACUGAUAGUAAUUCAUCUGUUACGCUAAAGUUGCUUUGGUACUGCAAAAAUGCCCCUCCGCCUUCAAGAGUCUCAGGUGUUCUAGAAGGAGGACCUGAGGCUGCAGUCGGGUGCUGUGAAUGAUUGAGGAUGUGGCUUUGGGGGCAGGGGAUUGAGGACAGCAGGACUGGGUUGGUGUGGGGGGCUAAGCGAGUCGCCUCACUUCAGCACAGCCCGGGGGCGGGGGGCUCCAGAGCGUGGAUUGCUCUAUGGAUUCGGUCUCACUUUGAGGGGUAUCCAGUAUUAGUCAGGGGGUGCUGGGCUUUGGGCGGGCUUUGGGCAGGCUAUCGGGCAUAACUUCAAUGGGAAGGUGACUCCCAUGCAGCUAAUGGCAGUCUCCUUACGAGGGGGGCAGCUGUGAGCCUUUGGCAGCCAGCCCCCAGCCCAGCCCCCAGGAUGUGUGCACUGACGCUACACCAGAUCUGUAGUACCACAUGCGUGCCUUGUUUCAAGCUAGCUGAGCUUAUUUGAUUUUGGGGGGAGUGGGAGAAGCCAAAGCUCUUCUUGUCCAUUUUUAAUAUCUAUCCCAUUAAAGGUCAUAUGUGGAAGAUGCAGAUAGGAGGAAAAGGCAAGAAGUGUUUUAUUUCAGGUUCUGAGUCUUCCUCUAGUCAGAAGUUUCCCCUUUUUAUUGGAAGCAUAAAGCGCAGAUGCUGAAGGCACGUGAAACAGGCAAUGCAGUGAGUGAUUCUGAGGCACAACCCCCAGCAACCACGACUCAAGUCUGGCCUGCAUGUGUGUCCUUUUCCCAUCAUAGCUCAUUCUUCCCCCCGGCCUCCCCUGCCUCCCACGGUAACCACUCUCUGGACUUUGAUAAUAAUGACUUCCUGACAUUCUUCAUGAUUUUUGUCAUCCUGAUUUGAUUAUAGUUCAGUCUUCCCCUUGAUAUGUCGUAUAGUUUAUUAUUAUUAUUAUGCAGGUUUUCCUUUUUAUUUCUGUCCUUUCCUUGAAGUUUAUUUGUUAAAAGAUGCUGGGCCUGUUGACUAUAGAGUUCCUUCCCGCUGGGCUUUACUGAUGACACACUCGUGCAGCAGUUCAACAUGUUCCUCUGUCCCCUGUAUUUCCUGUAAAUUGGUAGCUGUAUUUGGAGACUCGAUCACAUUUGGUCUCUUUAGCAAGUUCGGCAUUUUUUUCAUCAGAAGGCAUGCAAUAUCUGCUUAUCUAUGUGUUUUUUUUUUAAUAUUUUAUUUAUUUAUUUGAGAGUUGGAGUUACAAACAGUGAGAGAGAGAGAGAGAGAGACAGAGAGAAAGUCUUCCUUCUAUUGGUUCACUCCCCAAAUGGCCGCAAUGGCUGGAGCUGCGCCAAUCUAAGGCCAGGAGCCAAGUACUUCUUCCCAGUGUCCCACGCGGGUGUAGGGGCCCAAGCACUUGCGCCAUCUUCUGCUGCUUUCCCAGGCCAUAGCAGAGAGCUGGAUUGGAAGAGGAGCAGCCAGGACUCGAACCAGCACCCAUAUGGGAUGCCGGUGCCACAGGCGGAGGAUUAACCUACUGCGCCACGGCACCGGCCCUCGUCUGUAUUUUUUUAUUUUUUUAAAUUUUUUGACAGGCAGAGUGGACAGUGAGAGAGAGAGAGAGACAGAGAGAAAGGUCUUCCUUUGCCGGUGGUUCACCCUCCAUUGGCCACCGCGGCCAGCGUGCUGCGGCUGGCGCACCGCGCUGAUCCAAUGGCAGGAGCCAGGUACUUAUCCUGGUCUCCCAUGGGGUGCAGGGCCCAAGGACUUGGGCCAUCCUCCACUGCACUCCCUGGCCACAGCAGAGAGCUGGCCUGGAAGAGGGGCAACCAGGACAGAAUCCAGCGCUCCGACCGGGACUAGAACCCGGUGUGCCAGCGCUGCAAGGCGGAGGAUUAGCCUAGUGAGCUGGGGCGCCGGCCUAUAUGUUUUUUAAUGUUAGUGUCCUAGCUGUAUUAGCUCAUUAAGGAUGACAGCCUGUGCCUUUGGAAAUCUGUGAUUUUGCUUUGGAAUGUUCUCACAAUCCAGCUGCUGUUUGGCUGCCCAGUGGUAGCGUUGGUGUCCAUGCGUGGUGUGCCUUUUAGCUAACAAGUUUCCCUGCCAUCUUCAAAAGGUGACUGUUUAAUUUAACAUGUUUGCUGGGCUUCAGGCCAUUAAAAUUGCUAUUAUUGAAGUUAAACUGUCCUGUACUUGACCAACGAGAGUCUCUCCCAGUUGUUAGUGGAGUAAUUCUGACAGGAUCCUGGUGGAGUUUGAUGGCUUCUCUGCUAUCUGCUGUGACAAGAUGUUCCAGACUCAUCCUGUAUUUUUUCCACGAGACCUGAAGUCAGCUAUUUUAAAAGAAUAUUUUGCUUUUGAUGAGAAAUGGCAUUGUAAGAGCAUUGUCUGAAUACUAGAGAUGUUCACUGAUACAAAUGUAUUAUUUCUACUUCUUUUCAGUGUACAAAGCUGGGAAUGUGUGUUUCCCAAGUUAAAAGGUUUUUUGAAAUCCAAUUGAGGGGCUGGCGCCGUGGCAUAGUGGCUGCAGUGUUGGCAUCCCAUGUGUGCGCUGGUUCGAGUCCCGGCUGCCCCACUUCUGAUCCAGCUCUCUGCUGUGGCCUGGGAAGGCUGUGGAGGAUGGCUCAAGUCCUUGGGCCCCUGCACACACAUGAGAGACCCAGAGGAAGCUCCUGGCUCCUGGCUUCGGAUCAGUGCGGCUCCAGCCAUUGUGGCCAACUGGGGAGUGAACCAGCGGAUGGAGGACUCUAUCUCUCUCUGCUUUCCUUCUCUCUCUGGAUAACUAUUUCAAAUAAAUAAAUCUUUUUUAAAAAAGAAAUCUUAUUGAAAUAUCCAAUUCAAACGUGUUAACUUAUGUCUAUAGUAAAUCCUGGUUUUCAAGGACAUGGUGAUGAUGGUUAGAAUAUCUCAUUAGUAAUCAUUUGAUUGAUGCCAUUUUACACGUACAGCAGAGUGAGGAGAAAAAUACCAUUACUGUCACCGCCAAUUCUGAUCUACCAAAGCAUUUUUACCUCAGAGGAAGAGAGUCCUCUUUGGAGUUUUUCAGUAAUCAAUGUUUAAAAGGUUGGCUUAUCAUAUUUCCAGCUAGAAACAAUAAAUAUUUUAUAACAAAAUCAUGAUUCAGAGACAUAUUGAGGGGCUAACAAAAUCAGUUAACACAAAUAUGAAAUUUAAUGAGGGUGAACAUUUUGGUUCAGAAACUCAGUGUUACAUAAUUUCAGGAUGGGAAGUGAAAAAUUCUCUGGAUAGGAAAAGGGUUGGUAGUAAAACAGACACAACAGGCCCCCGACUGUCAUGUACACCCCGUGUGAGGCAGCUGAAAACAAACAGAACUCCUCUGCUGGAUUUUCAGGCUCGCAGAGGACUGAUGUUUACAAGGGCUCUGCAAGGUGUUCUGGAAGAUGUGUACUAGGAAAAUACCACUUGUGAAUUUCAAAAAAAAAAAAAAAAAUUUUUUUUUUUGCACCAAGAUAAGCUUAUUUAAAAAUUUUUUAAAAGAUUUAUUUAUUUAUUGGAAAGGCAGAAUUUUACACACACACACACACAGAGCGCGCAAGAUCUUCUGUCCGCGGCUGGCACCGUGGCUCAAUAGGCUAAUCCUCCGCCUGCGGCGCCGGCACCCAGGUUCUAGUCCCAGUCGGGGCGCUGGAGGCUCCUGGCUUCAGAUCAGCGCGGUGCGCUAGCCACAGCGCACUGGCCGCAGCGGCCAUUUCGGGGUGAACCAACGGCAAAGGAAGACCUUUCUCUCUGUCUCUCUCUCACUGUCCACUCUGCCUGUCAAAAAAAAAAAAAAAAAAAAGAUCUUCUAUCUGCUUGUUCAUACCCCAAAUGGCUGCAAUCGACUGGGGCUGGGCCAGGCUGAAGCCAGGAGCCAGGAGCCAGGAGCUUCUUCCAAAUCUCCCACAUGAAUGCAAAGGCCCAAGCACUUAGGUCAUCUUCUGCUUUCCCAGGUCAUUAGCAGGGAUCAGAAGUGGUGCAGCCGGGAAUCCAACUGGUGCCCACGUGGGAGGCCAGCGUCCCAGGUGUGAGCUUGACCCACUACGCCACAUCCCAACGCUGGCCCCCAGCUUACCCUUUAAUUCCAUUUUCCACAAAUUUGUUGAAGUAGCCUUGUAUCUGUGCUCAUUUUCAGGAUUUGUGCUAAAGUAUGUGCAUUGACACGCUAGAGAUGGUUCAGAGGGAGGAUCUCUGGUGGCUCAGAAUCUAGACAUUGCCACACAAGAAGCAGUUGUGGUGCUGAAGGUUGGCGAGGCCUCUGUGUAAGACAGAGGCCUUCAAAUACAUGGAGUGGCUCCUCCAUGGAGGGCGCUGCUUGAGAUGACCAGAGUAGGCCUACAGGUACCAAGUACAAGGAGGCAGCAUCCCGUGCCAUCAUUGGACAGUGGUUCCUAGCAUCUGGAAUUGUUCAGCAGUGCGGCAGGCUGUGUUCAAGUCGUGAGCUUCCCCUUCCUUCUAGUUGUUUAAGGGAAUUUGAAAGUUAAACUGUGUUGUUCGUGGUUACUUCCAAUAUUCUACUGUCUCAUUUGAGAUGUAAUAGUAGGAAGGAAGGAUUGGAAUUUUCUAUGGCACGUACAUGUGAUUGUGAACUCAUUCUGGGGAAUUUCUUUCCCUGGGCGUUGCCUUUCAUGGGGACCUGGUUAGGAGACAUUGCCAGGGGAUUAGAUUUUGUAAUCUCAAAGACGAUGGAAGGUUUCAAUCUUGGUACUUGGUAAGAAAGGUUGUUUCUGAGAAUCAAACUGUGAUGUCAGCUGCAUUAAACUUGUCUUGAUACAGCAGGAGUGGCGAAGAUGCAGCCCAUGGACUGUAUAAGGCUCACAAAAGCAUUUGAUCUGGUCUUGCCAAAGCAACAGCAGGCAGGAUUUGAAAUUCAGUAAGUCUACAGCAGGCUAUUUUUUAAAAAAAAAAAAAUUAUUUAUUUGAAAGACAGAGAGAGAGAGAGAUUGAUCUUCCCUCUGCUGGUUCACUACCCAAAUGGCCAUAAGAGCCAGGGCUGGGAUGAAGCCAGAAUCUCCAUCCAGGUCUCCCAUGUGGGUGCAGGGGCCCAAGCACUUGGGCCAUCUUUCAGGUGCAUUAGUAGCAAGCUAGAACAUAAGUGGAGCAGCCAGGACUUGAAUCAGCACCCAUGUGGGAUGUGGGCCUUGCAGGCUGCAGCUUAACACACUGUACCACAACACUGACCCCAUAUAGGAGGCUAAUUUUUAAGUUGUUAAUUUCGUAUGGCUUGCAAAUGACGCUAUAAAUAUCCAAAAAUGGUCCUUGGAAUAAAAAAUUUCCUCACCCCACAUAGGCCAAAUACAGUGAUUGCAGAGGGCACUAAUUCUUUCAGUAACACAGAUCUUGGCUUGUGGGUUCUAAAGACUUCCAUUCAACCAUCAGACUUGUGAAUGUGCUUCAAAAAAUUCAUUGAGUGGCUCUUGUUGUGGUGCAAUGGGGUAGGCCUCUGCUUGCAAUGCUCAUAUCCUAUAUCAGAGCGCUAGUUCAAAUCCUGGUACUCCACUUUUAAUCAAGCUCUCUGUUAAUGUGCCAGAGAAAGCAACAGAAGAUGGCCCCUGCUACUCAUGUAGGAGACUCGAAUGGUGUUCCUGGCUCCUGGCUUCAGUUUGGCCCAGCCCCGGUCAUUGCGGCCAUUUAGGGAAUGAACCAGCGGAUGGAAGAUCUCUCUGUCUUUCUCUCUAUAACAGCCUUUCAAAUAAACAGAUAAAUAAACCUUUUUAAAAAAGUUUAUGGAAAUGGAUAUUAUCUUUCAGUUGCAUUUUGCAAGAACUCUUUGAACUACCCCCACGUGGCAAAGGCACGGUUGGACAUGGAUUAGUUUUAUCUCUGGGUAUCUUUGGGUUUUGAAAUCCAUGCGAUUGAGGAGUUUUCAGCCUUUGGUGGAUGCAGAGAAUGUGAACUGUGGGUAGGCCGUGGAGUGCAAGCAUGCUAAGCAUCAUGCUGAAGCUUGGAGAACAGCCUUUCUUGAGUGAUGGACAAGCGUGGCCACCGUGGUCUUGGCUUUCAGCUUUCCUGCUGGUCAUUUUUCUUGUUAUCCAUGAAGACCAAAAAUUUACAUCUUGAGCUACUUUGUAAAUAGGUUUAGUUUAGGGUCAGACACAGAAUAAGUUCCUUUGGAGCUUUGUGUCUCAGAAAAAUGUGCUUCUGCCCACAGAGAGGUUAUAUUCUGCUUUGCAGAUGCAGCAAGAGGAAUAUAAGUAAGGAGAUGCACAUUAGUUGCCAGCAUCAGCUGGGAUGGUUAGUGAUAAUCCUGUUUAGUUUUUGCUCUCAAUGCUGCCAUGCAUUUUUAAAAAGGAUUCAUUGUAUUUGAAAAGCAGAGAGAGAAAGAGAGGGAAAGAAGGAGAGAGCGCAAGAGCGACCAUCCCUCUGCUGGGUCACUUACUCCCCAAGUGGCUGUGACUGCUGGGGAUGGGCCACCCGAAGCCUGGAACCUGGAAUUCCACUUAAGUGUCCCACGUGGGGGCAGGAGCCCCAGUAUUUGAGCCACCUUCUGCUGCCUUCCCAGGUGCAUUAGCAGGCAGCUGGAUUGGAAGUGGAGCAGCCAGCACUUAAACAGGUGCUCCAAUAUGGGAUGCUGGUGUUGCGGGUGGUGGCUUAACCCACUGUGCCACAGUUCUGGCUCCUUUUCAUUCAUUCAUUUUUUUUUCUGAUUGGACCUUGUGCCUCUGUAACAAGUAUCAGUACAGAAAAAAUCAGUAUGACAAAAGAUCUCUGAAUUUUUAGGUCAUGAAAUUUCCAAGACAUGCAUAAUAACUGAAUUAGCCAUGGAAGGGACCUAAGUAAAUACUUUGUUGAUUUCUAAUUUCUGCCACUUGCAAAGAUAACUUGAUUUUAAAAUAAAGUCUCUAAGCAUCACUUUUCAAAAGGUAAAAAAGGCCUCCCCAAGAGGUGGAUGCUUGGCACAGUGGUUAAGGGACCACCUAGAGUGCCAUCAGCCCAUCUCCUGAUUCCAGCUUCCUGCUCAUGUGCACCCUGCGAGGGCAGCAGAUGAUGGCUCGAGCGGCUGGGUCUGUGCUCUCCAUGUGGGAUUCCUGGAUUGAGUUCCCAGCUCCUGGCUUCAGUCUGGCCACCUUGGCAUUUGGGGAGUGGGCCGCUGAGAUCUCUGUGCCAUUCCCCGAUCUCUGCAUCUCAAGUAAAUGAGAAAAAAGGCCCUGGAGAGGCAAGGCACUAAUGAUAUCUACUUAGAAAUACAUCCCUUUUUUUAAAAAAAAAGAUUUUUAUUUAUUUAUUCAAAAGUCAGAGUUACACACACAGAGAGAGCGAGAGCGAGAGCGAGAGAGGUCUUCCAUCCGAUGGUUCACUCUCCAACUCCACAACAGCCAGAGCUGCACCCAUUGAAGCCAGGAGCCAAGAGCUUCUUCCGGAUCUCCCAUGUGGAUGCAGGGGCCCAAGGACUUGGGCCAUCUUCCACUGCUUUCCCAAGCCAUAGCAGAGAGCUGGAUUGGAAGUGGAGCAGCUGGGUCUCAAACCGGCACCCAUAUGGGAUGCUGGCGCUUCGGGCCAGGCGUUAACCCGCUGUGCCACAGCACCAGCCCUGAAAUGCCUCCUACAGAGUGGAAACUGAGUACAGGAGGAAGACUGGUGUGCACACUGCUUUUUCACAGUAGAAGUAGGAGGGAUUGAUUGGAAGUGGUCUCAUUCCUGCCCUUCCUUCCCCACCCUAUUGAUUUUCCUACUCAUCUCCCCCCCCCCCCCAACAGAGAAGGAGACAGAUGGGUGGGGACUGGUAUGAAACUCCCUCCAAAUUUUGCAUGAAGAAUUGCCUUGAAGGUUUGUACCAGGUAUUUGGGUAUGGAAUGUGCCUCGCAGGCGUGAGCUUAGAAAGGCAGGGUAUGGGUUCGUAGUACAUCUACCGCGCUGUGUACCAAAGCAGCACCUGCGAGAGGGCCCCUUGCUCAUCACAAAGACCCCAGAAGAUGCUUUGCUCAGAACAGCUGUGGAAUGCCGGUCGCUGGCUCCUGUUGUUCCCGUGUACACACUCGACCAGCUUUUGUCCUGGUGAUUGCCAGUCAGGGAGAGAUGCUGGCUUUACGGCAGACUGCAUCACUCUUGCCUUAGAAAGCUGUGCAUGCUUCUUAUCACACCUCUCUCUAGGCGGUGGUUCCCCGGCUCUGGGCCCACACCCCCAGACGGGAGAGCCAGUUUCACCGUGGUUCUGAGCCAGGCUCGUGUUGCCCCGUGUGCUAGACGACAAGGUUGCCUGCCGGCCUUUUCAUGCAGGUCCCUUCAUUGGCUUAGGUGCCUGUCUUGUGGGCGGUCUGGCUGGCGUCAUCCCUGCCCCCCACCCUUGCUGGCUCUUCCUGCUGGAGGUAAGACUGCACUGACAGAGCAGAGCAGAGCCGCCAGAAUGAGAAAUAAUGAGUGGCAUGUUUUCCAUUGAGGGCUUGUCUGUCCUGGUAUGAUACCAACUACCCUCGCGCCGUCCUUGGUGGGAUCUGCCCUCAGCCAGUGAGAGCAGGCUCACGGCAGAGCGAGGCAUGCCUGCUCUGAAUUCUGUUGGCAUCAGGUGUGACGUAGGUGGCAAGUUUUGACUGUAUGGUAAUUUAAUGGGAGCAUAAACUUGUAAUUGUUACUUAUUCAGGUCUGUGGGCAAAGACGUGUUUGGAAUGUGAGCAGAGGUGUGAGCGAGAGGAGAGAGGCUGUCUUUUAAAUUUUCCAUGGUUUCUUUGUUUUUUUUUUUUUAAAGAUGUAUUCAUUUUAUCUUACAGGCAGAGCAGCAGCGGUGGUGGGGGGGAGAGAACUUCCAUCAGCUGUUUCAUUCCUCAAAUGUCUGAAUCAGCCAGGGCUGGGCCAGAGCCAAGCCAAGAGCCAGGAGCUGUAUCCGUGUCUCCCACGUGGGUGGCAGGGGGCCCAGGUACUUGGGCCAUCUUUUGGUGCUUUCCAAGGUGCAUUAGCAGGGAGCUAUGUAGGAAGUGGAGUGGCCUGGACUCAAACUGGAGUUCUGAUGCGGGAUGCCGGUGUCACAGUUGCCAGUUUAACCCAUCAUGCCACAUCAGGCCCUGUUUCUUUGUUUUAUACACUGGUUUUCUGUUGAAGCUUGUUACCUGUUUUGCUACUUCUGUAGGAGUCUUUGUUCUAGAAUGACAGCCUCACAACUAACACUGGGACAGCUCUUGGUUUUUCAGCAUGGAGUCAAAAUUGUACUUUUAUACAAUGGUAUCAGUGUGUAAUGACCUUACCAUUCUAAGUCUUCUGCGGUUGGAAUAGUCCUUGCGUGUGGAGCUUUGGAAUAUGCCAAUGGAAUCUGGAGAUGGAGGGCAUUGAUAAGGAGGAAAUCAAGGUGUGGUUUGGAGCAGCUGUUGAGUGUUCAUAACAACAAGUAUUGUGGCUGAAAUAAAGUAGAUUAAAUAAAGUGGAUAGGGGCCAGUGCUGUGGCAUAGCAGCACCAGCAUCCCAUAUGGGUGUUGGUUCGGGUCCUUGCUGCUCCACUUCUGAUCCAGCUCCCUGCUAUGGCCUGGGAAAGCAGUAGAGGAUGGCCCAGGCCCUUGGGCCCCUGCACCCCUGAGGGAGGCUUGGAAGAAGCUCCUGGCUCCUGGCUCCUGGCUUCAGGUUGACCCAGCUCCAGCUGUUGAGGCCGUUUGGGGAGUGAACCAGUAGAUGGAAGAUCUCUGUCUCUCUCUGUCUCUGUCUCUCUCUUUCUCUCUCUGCCUCUUCUCUGUAACUCUGGCUUUCAAAUAAAUAAAUGUCUUAAAAAUAAUGAAGUGGAUAAAAUAAGUAGGACACUCAAAAGUGAGGCGUGGAAACCACUGGCACAGCCAUGAGAGGGGGAGGCAGCACAGGUCGUCCGCCAGGGUUCUGAGGGAGAGGUCGCCCUUGUUUGUGUUAUGGGCCUGGAAGGGACUUGUGACUCUGGUGAUGGAAAACCCCUGAGAAGGGAGGCAGAGGCCUAGAUGGGGCCUUGCUGGUCACUUUUAACUUGACAACUCCUAUAGUUUUUUCUUUGCUUGCAGUCUGAGAGCCUGACUCUUGGGAAAAACCCAGUCGUAUUUCUAACCAGUUCUGUGGGCCGUAGUUAUCAGGUUAAUCAUAAAAAUGCCAACUCAAAGACUUGAGAAGAAUAAGAACAGAGAACGGGGGUGGGAGGGUGCGCAGGCUGCUGGUCGCUUCCCUUCGUAACAGUCUUUAGGACUGCACCAGAGGAAGCGGGCAGUGGAAAUUAAAGUGCAGAUCGCUCAAGUGCAUGUGUGUGCUGUCAUUAUUCCGGCGCUGGAAAGAACUCUGAGCAGAGCAGAACCUGCUCGGGCGUCGUGUCGGAGGAGUCUGAGCAAAGGGAGAGGUGAAGUGCGGAGCGGCUGAUCAGACGCGGCGGGGCUGCCUGGGCGCUGUGACUGCCGAGGGUGCCGGCUACCGCGGCGGCGGAAGAGGACCUCGUUCCGAGGUGGGGAGUAGGUCUCCGCGGGACAGCUUCUCC